CUCCGUAAGCGAUGGUGAAAUUCCCUGACUUUUAUGCGAGCAGGGUUGGAUGGAAAGUUAUCUCGAUAAAACUGGCGACCAGGCCGACAUUAUCGAUGCUUAGCGCCAUCCCCGUCGCUCGCUAGUGACUUCGCUGUGUUUUAGUCGUAGUCAAUGCGAUUGGUCGUCGUUUAAAUUACGAGAAAAGCACCUCUUCGUCUUGCUAACUGUUAGCUCGGUGGCAUUAGGCAGCUAACGCUAGCAUGUCACACUGUGCCUUGUGUUUAUAUAGGUAGUUAGCAAGGUAUCCGCCUCAGGUGUUGCAGAAGGUAGCUGGUCAUCGGAGCCCGCUGACGGUAAACAUUUCGGGAAGAGCCGCAGAGGAAUUACCACCGUGCACCGGCGUGUCAGUCGAGACUGCUGCUGCUGUGCCGACUGACAGAGAGUUCCUCUUCAGUGGUGUGAAUGAGGGAGACAUGGCAGACCACACCUCACCUUUGGAGUCCGGCCAGCUUCUCAGCCCUGAACUCCCAAUUCUGGCCUCACCACCCCCAACCAUGGUCAACGGGGAGGGCCCCCAGCAGGUAAUCCUGGUGCAGGUAAACCCAGGUCCUGCUCAGGUUCCCAUGAUGUCUCCAAAUGGUUCAGUGCCUCCAAUCUAUGUGCCUCCUGGAUACGUUUCGCAGAUCAUAGAAGAGAACGGAGUGCGGCGGGUUCUGGUUUUACCUCAGCAACCAGAGUUUCACCCAGGGGGACACUCCCCUCUCCACCACCCUCCGCCCCACGCCCACCUGCCUGCCUUCAUCCCACACCCUGCCAUGAUGCCCCAACCACCCCACCUGUACACAGGCCAUGGCGGGGGCGUGGGUGACAUGAGCUCUCAGUACAUCUCCCAGUACCAUCCAGCUCAUAUCUACUCAGAGCAUGUCUCUACAGAUUCUCACUCCCAACACGGACGCCUGCCGUUUGUUCACAGAGACGACAGAACUAGCAAAACGUAUGAACGUCUGCAGAAGAAACUGAAAGACCGUCAGGGCGGAGGCGGAGGCGGAGGAGGCGGAGGCGGAGGAGGAGGCGGAGGAGGAGGAGGAGGAGGAGGAGGGCAGGUGAAGGACAGCCCUCCCCCUUCGCCACAGAAGACCUGCAGCAGCCCCCCGACAGUGGACAUUCACAACGGUGUAGGAGGGAAGGGGCUGGAGGCAGAGCAGAGGCAGCUCAGCCACGCAGUGGCCGGCCCUGACAAGCAGACGGGCAGGGGCAAGAAUAGAGAGUCAGGCGAGCUGGAUGAGGAAGCUCAGGCCCUGCAAGCAUUAUGGAGUACCAUCAGUACCCCAGUGGUAUCAGACAUCCAGGCCAGAGGAGCCGUAGCGAGCUGGGUCGUACCCACCAGGCCAGAGAGGGAGAACGGAAGUGUGGAGGACGACCGGAGCCCCCCGGAGCCCUUCAGCUACGAGGUCUCCAUCUCAUUUAGUGGCAAAGAUGGGAAGUACAAGAGCAUGUACUGUGGGGAAGAACUAAGUGCUACUUUAGAAGACCUUCGACCAGCAACGGACUAUCAUGUCAGGGUCCAUGCUCUGUGUAACUGUUUACAGGGAAACCCCUCAGAGUCUGUGAGCUUCACCACUUUAAGCUGUGAGCCGGAUCCGCCCAACGCUCCCAGGAAGGCCAGUGGGACCAAGAACACACUGGUACUCCAGUGGAAGGCUCCAUGUGACAAUGGUUCCAAAAUCCAAAACUACAUUCUUCAAUGGGAUGAGGGUAAGGGCACAGGGAUCUAUGAACAGUGCUACGAUGGACCUCAGAAGCAGUACAGAGUGACCAAGCUUUCACCAGCUUCAAGAUACUCCUUCCGCCUUUCAGCUAGAAAUGACAUGGGUGUAAGCGAGUUCAGUGAAGUGGUGGACCUGUUCACCUCAUGCAGUGUGCCAUUACCACCCUUCCCUCCAGAGCUGGAGAUGGCGGGGGUGACCUGGCUGUGUAUGAAGUGGCAGAGACCCACUAGCUCUCCCAAGGAGGAUGACAUCUACUAUAUUUUGGAGAUGGAGGAGGAAGGCUCGGGAUAUGGCUUCCAGCCAAGCUACGACGGGGAUGAGCUCUCCUGCACCGUCAGGAAUCUCCACAGGAGUACCAAGUACAAAUGCAGGGUGGCAGCAUACAACUCGGAGGGGAAGAGUAAUCCCAGCCAGGUGGUUGAGUUCAUCACCAACCCUGACAGACCCAGCAGUCCUUGCAGGCCUGUCAUCAGAGGAAAAGUCCUGCCCAACAGCUUCAAGAUGACCUGGGAACCCCCGAAAGAAAAUGGUGGAGCAGAAGUCACAAAGUAUGUUGUGGAGCUGUCUGAGGGCUUAAGCGGCUUGUCAUGGGAGCUGUUGUACUCGGGGCCAGCCAUGGAACACGUGUGUGAAGGCUUGAAGCCCGGCUGCUCUUACCAGACGCGAGUUUACUGCAUGAGCGAGGGGGGGCAGAGCCCGCUGUCGGAGACCCUGCAGGUCCAGACUCCUGCAGUGCCCCCAGGGACCUGCCAGCCCCCUCGGCUGGUGGGCAAGCCCAAAGCCAGGGAGGUGCAACUGCGCUGGGGUCCCCCUCAUGUAGAUGGAGGCAGCCCCGUGUCCUGCUACAGUGUAGAAGUGAGUGGGCCGCAGUCUGAGGAGAGCAGGGAGGUUUACCAGGGUCCAGAGCUGGACUGCUCUGUGGCAGGCUUAAUGCCUGGCAAAACCUACAGCUUCCGGCUCAAGGCAGCGAACAAGGCUGGGUUUGGACCUCUAUCGGAGCGCUGUGAGGUUACAACCGGCCCCGGGGCCCCUGAGCAGUGCAAGGCUCCCUCCACCACAUGCAAAUCCCCCAGCUGUGUUGUUGUGAGCUGGGAGGCCCCUCCUUGCAACGGAGCUCCGGUGACAGAGCUUCGUCUGGAGUGGGGAGCUGCUGAGGGCAGCAUGCAGAUGUGUUACAGUGGACCAGGGCUCAGCCAUGAAAUGAAGGGGCUUCUGCCUGCAACCAAUUACUUCUGCAGGAUACAGGCUGUAAAUGUGGCGGGUGUGGGGCCCUUCAGCGAGGCAGUGUUGUGCCAGACGCCCUGCUCCGUGCCUGCAGCAGUCAGCAACAUCUACACGGUGAAGGAGUCCGCGCUGCGAAGGUAUGAGACUCCAGCAGACGCAGAUGAAGACGAGGAAGACGAGGAUGGCGAUUCCCGGCCGCCGACUCUGUACUCACCGUCCACCUGCCUGGGCAUUAGCUGGGAACCCCCAUGUGACCACGGCUCUGAGAUCACUUCCUACCUGAUUGACCUCGGUGAGCGCCAGCCCAUCGUCGUUGGUCCCGUCACCAAACACAAUCAUCCAGCAUCUGCAGCCUGACACAGCUACAGGAUCCGCAUCCAAGCCCUGAACAGCCUGGGAGCAGGCCCCUUUAGUCACACCUUUAAGCUGAAGACAAAGCCCCUUCCCCCACAGCCACCCCGCCUGGAGUGCACCGCCUUCAGCCACCAGACCCUCAGGCUCAAGUGGGGCGAUGGCCCAGCCAAAGCCACCACCUCAGACGCCCUCCAGUAUCAGCUGCAGAUGGGGGACAAGAGUGGCAGAUUUAUAUCCUUGUAUAAAGGACCAUGCCACACACACAAAGUCCAGAGGCUUAAUGAGUCUACCUCUUACAUGUUCUGUAUCCAGGCCUUUAAUGAGGCGGGCGAAGGGCCUUUCUCCAAUGUUUACACAUUCACCACCCCACGCUCUCCUCCAGCCCCUGUGAAAGUCCCUAAAGUGGAGCGUCUGGACGAAAAUUCCUGUGAAGUCACAUGGGAGGCCCUGUCGCCAAUGAAGGGGGACCCAAUCAUUUACACCUUGCAGUGCAUGAUGGGAAACUCUGAGUUUAAACAGGCCUACAAAGGCUCUGUCACAUCUUUCCAUGUCCAGAACCUGCAGCCCAACAGCGACUACCGUUUCAGGGUGUGUGCUAUCAGGCAGUCCCAGGACGCCCCUGAGCUGAGCGGGCCCUACAGCCCCACAGUGACCCUCUCUCCCCAGCGGAACGACAUGGCGGUGGGCGCCGGUGCCGCCGGCUCGGGCUCCAGGGCCAGUACGGAGUCCAACCGAGCAAGACGGAGUUUGACGGACGAGCAGUGCGCUUUCCUCCUCCUCAUGGUUUUCGCUGUCAUCGCCAUCCUCAUCGCUUUUGUCAUCCAGUACUUUGUCAUUAAAUAAGCAGUUUACACCACCCAGCUGCAGGGUUAUAGCUUUAUUCUUUCUCUCUUUAUGUUGUUUUGUAUUCUCCGUUUUGUACACCCUCUACCCCCCACCCCCGCUGUCGACAGAGUAAUCGCAUUCGCUGCAUUGGGGUGCAGAGGAAGGGAGGGCUGGUGAAUAGCAGUUAAACAUUGAGCAUGUAACACCUUCUUUGGUACCUGUGACGCCUUGUCACCCAGUCCCAACGUUGUGGUAUCUGUUGUUCGGUUCAGAUUUCUGUUUCAUCAUGAUCAG